CCGUUUUCGUGUGAACGGUCAAACCGGUUGUUCGUUUAUUAAAUAAGGUCGGACCUAGUAAUCAGAUGCUGCUUUCAGGCGAGCCUUGCAAGGCCUGCCUAUACAUUUGGAUGUCCGCUAGGAUUUAAUUACAUUUAUAAACGGUCAAACCGGUUAUUCCGCAUAAACGAACAGGCCCCUAGGUCUUGCUAGAAAAGAAAACCAGUUCUAACAAUUUUGACUCUUGUCCAGGCGAUCGUAAGAAGAUGACAGCAGCCGGCCCGAUGACAUCUAGGCCUAAUUCAGACGAUUUUGUGGAUGAAAUCAAGAAAAGACAAGUUGGGAAAAGAUUUACCCUCAAAGAAUUCAGAACUUAUUGCAGCAAGUCUCUUUUAAAAAGUGUGACAUAUGCCUCCUUUCCUGCAGCACUUUGCUACAUCUUCACAAGUAAGAGCAACUUAUCAAAAAGAGUAUUCAUUGGAUUGACGAGUGUUGCUAUCUUGAGUUACUUAGGGCAGUAUGCUAACAACCAAAGUAAAAUAGAAACAGGAGGUUCCAUAAUAGACCUGAUUACCAAGGACGAUGACUAACUAGGAAUAUGGCUGACUGCAGCAUGUAAACAGAUGGAUGUCUAUUAUGUUUGUGUGAUCUGUGUAGAUGAGUCUCUUAAUCUUAUGUGUGUACAUGUCAUUUAGUUUUGUGUAAGUGUAAACAAUGUGAAGAUGAGUCUUAAUCUUAUAUGUGUACAUGUCAUUUAGUUUUGUGUAAGUGUAAACAAUGUAUAGAUGAGUCUCUUAAUCGUAUGUGUGUACAUGUCAGUUAGUUUUGUGUAAGUGUAAACAAUGUGUAGAUGAGUCUCUAAAUCAUCCCAUGUGUGUUAGUAAUAUGUGUAUGGGUGUGUACAUUUCAAUUAUGUGUAUGGAUGAAAGUUGAUCAUUUGUAUGAAGUGUGUCGAUUAUGUGUAUGGAUGCGAGUCAAUUAUGGGUAUGGAUGAGUAUAUGACAUAAAUGUAAUAGAAUCAGAAGAUGAUUGUUUCAAUGGGCUUUCCCAAUCUGUAUUUAGUAUUACCCAGAUUGUGUAUUUUGUUAUGAUGCCUGAUGUUACAGACACACUAUCAUAGCCCAUUAAUUGAUCAUUUCUGAUGACGGUGUAGUCAGGUUUUCGUGUCUGUUAAUAUUUUCAGAGGCAAAUAAAGAAAAAGCAAAUAAGUUCUAAUGGUGUAAAUGUACAGAGUAGAUCUGAAAUAAUUCUGUCACGAUCAGACACACACAAACAUCAUUGUUUAUGUUUUUGGAUAAUCAGAGCAUGUUUUCUCAUGAUAAAACUUCAGUGUCUGAAUUUUCACGGCCAUUUCUAAUAAUAAAACUCAGGUUUUCGAACAAUUCAAGCUCCAGUUUCUUGUUUAAUUUUAAUCUGAGCAAAGUUUUUUUCGGAUAAUCACAUUGGGGCCACGGUGGCCAAGUGAUUCAGGCAUCUGACAUUCUACUACCACUAGCCCUCCACCACUGGGUCGGGGGUUCGAGACCUACAUGGGACAGUCACUAGGUACGUAGGUCGGGGGUUUUUCUCCGGGAACUCCGACUUCCUUCCACCACGUCCUUAAAUGACCAUAGCUGUUGAUAUGACGUAAAACACAAACAAACCCAAAGACAAUCAUAUGUAGUGUUGUCAAUCCUUCAUUUGUCCUAUGUAUAGCCCCUUCUUCCAAUGCUUAGAAACAAUUUCCUAUCAAAUACAGUUUCUUGCUCUGUUAAUGCAGACAUUUAGUAUUAACUCAUUCGCACCUAAGGUCAAUGAACCUUACCAAAUCAAUGACUUGGCAAGUCCAGUUUAGACAUGUAGGGGUGAAUGAGUUAAAAGACUAAAGAUCCCUCUCUACUUAGCAAUUCUCUGUUAUAGUUGCUGUCAUAUUGAACUUGUGAACUUCAAGAACACUGACAAAUAUAUAAUGUGAUUGUGGUUCUAAUAUGAUGCGAUACAUUUUUAUAUAUAUUUUGAAUAAAAUAAAAGAUAUAAUGUCAUUA